AAAGUCGGCGCCCAGGUCAUGCUGGUCAAGAACAUCAUCCAGGGACUUCUCGUCAACGGCUCCGUAGGCCGUAUCGUCGGUUUCUACCAGCCCAGAGAGGCACUCGCGAUGGGCAUCGAUAUCGCGCUCCCCGACUCCCGAGAGCGCGGCGGGCCCGACGUCCCAGACAUUCCGGGAGGCCCACAAAUUCUGCAGAUGAAUAGCGUGUGGCCUGCGGUGCAGUUCCAGAGCGGCGUCACGCAGCUGUGCGUGCCGCUGACGUUCGAGGUCGUCAGUGCUGAAGGCACGAUCGAGGCCACCCGCCAUCAGGUGCGU